AUGAUUAUCGAUGGUGAAAUCGUUCAUCUUCAAGUAUGGGACACAGCUGGACAAGAGCGUUACAAAUCACUGGGCUUUUCUUUCUACAGAGGUGCAGACUGCGUCCUCCUUGUGUAUGAUGUCACAUCGCCUGCAUCAUAUCAUUCAAUUCAGUCAUGGAAGGAAGAAUUUUUAGCCAUCAGCGAUCCGAAAGAUCCCGAAACGUUUCCGUUCGUCGUCGUCGGCAAUAAAAUCGAUUUGAGAAAAGACACGUCCUGUCCGAAUAAGAUUCAGGAUUUGAUGGCAUGUGAUUAUGAAGUACCCUGUUUUGAAGUGAGCGCCCUAGAUGGAACUGGUGUUGAGCUAGCUUUCCGGAAAGCAGCUAAGAUGGCCAUGGAGAAGGAUUUUGAGGAGAGAUUUUUCGAAAUUAUUCCUGAAGUGACGUGUCACAAUACAAACGGCCGAUCCAAAUGCUAUUGCUAA